AUGGGGUUCAAGAACUCCACCACGACCUUUGCCCAGAGCUGGGGCAGCACACAAGGCCGGCUGCUGCGCGUGGAAGUCCUCGUCCUCUUCAGCGCCUUGAUUUGGAUCCUCAUCGAGUUGCUUGGCUCACGCCGGCGGCGGCAUAGUCAUGGGUUCUUCCGCUUCUUCGUGUGGAUGGUGUACACGCUCUUCACAGUGCUUGGCCCCUACACCAUCGGAUUGCUGCAAGACGGUCCCUUCCGUGACCAGACGUUUGUCCUGUGGGGCACCAUCCUCCUCCUUAUCCAAGGCCCCGGUUUGUGUCGGGACGGCCCUGAUUCCCUCUCAGUUUACAGCAUUCAUGACAUUGAGCAGAGGAAGAGGACGCUUGUGCAGCACGUAAAGUCUGGGGUUUUGUGCAAUGUGAGCAAAAAAGGAGGUUUGCUGAAGCAGUCGAAAGUUGUUGCUGAUUAUAUGAUGAUUGAGCAUGAGCAAAUACCACCGGACGUCACUCCGAAUCCUCAAACCAUGGAAGGGUACAAGUACAUAUUCCAUGGUGAAGAAGAAGUAGCUUCUCUGCUUCCCACUGCACCCGAAUAUAGAGUCGGAUUUAAAGAGGAGACACGUACAAGGUUCAGCGUGCUCAUGUUCCAAAGGAGGGUGUUUAGAAAAUGCACCACCAUUGAUUCCGUGUGGCGAUGGAUCAAGAGUCAAAGCAUUCUCACCGAGGAAGAUGUGGAAAUAGCGAAGGAUGUUGCGCUCUCCUCAUUGUUUAAAUUGAUGAAGCGGAGAUUGUGUGUAUACCGGAUUGGUGAAGCUGGUCUCACCAAGACAUUAGAUUUCGUGCUUCAAAGGCUUAUCUCUGAAGAAGGUAACUAUGUCCGUGCUUUUAGAGUUAUAGAGAUGGAGUUGGCAUUCCUAUAUGAUUUCCUCUAUACAAGAUUUGAUAUGAAGUCUUAUAUGUAUAAGGGCUUUGGAUUUUACUUUGUUGUAGUAACUGUUACUGUUUGGAAUAUUAUCUCUGGAGCAUUUAGCCGGCACUACCAUCGUAGUAAUUUGGAACAGAGAGUUCAUGGAACCGAUGUUAUUCAUUGGGUCACCAUUGUGCUGCUUAUCAUUGUGUUAGCAUUGUCCCUUUUACCUGCCACCCUGGACAGGAGGUGGCAUAUAGUGGUAGUGGUUGACAUCCGGAAUCCAAGUUUCUUGCAAGCCACGGGAUGGACACGGAACUUUUCUAUUGUAAAACAUCAGGCAAAAAAUUACUGGCAGAGAGCGAUUGGCCAGUACUCCCUGUUACUCAACUUCGACUACCACCAAUGGAAUAUGCUAACGCGUUUGUCACUGGGUUUGGUCGAGGCAACAAGAGAAGGACAGAAGGCUGGGAAAAAGAUCAUGUUGACAGAUGAAAUCAUCGAGCGCGUUCUUUCUGCGUUCAAAGAGAGCAAUGGACAGCUACAAGAUGGGCAAUCCGCUCUAGCCAGAAAUCAGCUACUAAGCCGAUUCUCAUGGGCCUGCACCCUGCCCACACAUAUCCACAAGAUUCUCGUAUGGCACAUCGGGACGACCAUCGCCAUGGAUGAGCACCCGGUUCCCCGAACCGGCGACCAACAUGUCGCCAAGACGCUAUCAGACUACUGCGCCUACCUGGGAGCCUUUGUUCCAGACAUGCUGCCUGGCCAUGGCUACGACACCCAGCGCAUCUUCGACGCCGUGAUCAUGGAGGCUCAGGAUGGCCUCACCGGGUGUGACACUCUGAGCAGGAGGUGUGGGAUGCUGAUGGAAGGGUUCUUGCUGAGCGGCAGCAGCUGCACAAUCCUACAGCUGGGGGGCAGGCUCGGGAGAGAGCUCAGAGGCGUGGUUCCGGAGGCUCAGAGGUGGAAGGUGCUGGCUGACUUCUGGGCGGAGUUCAUCCUCUUCCUCGCGCCGGCAAGCAAUGUUGAGAUCCACGCCGAGAAGCUCGCUGCUGGCGGGGAGUUCAUGACCCAUCUCUGGGCACUGCUCACACAAGCCGGCAUUCUGGAGCGCCCCUCGACGACCGACGGUGUGGGAGGAGGUAACAAUGGUGCCCCUACACAUGAUUCUCCGGUUUGA